AUGAAGAGGCAAAACGUGAGGACCCUCGCCCUCAUCAUCUGCACCUUCACCUAUCUGAUAGUCGGCGCCGCGAUCUUCGACGCGCUGGAAUCCCGGGAGGAGACGACCAAGAGGAACGAGCUGGACCAGAAGAAAGCAAAGCUGCUCAAGACCUUCAACCUGUCCACGGAGGACUUCGACGAGCUGGAGAAGGUGGUGCUGGAACUGAAGCCGCACAAAGCCGGGGUGCAGUGGAAAUUUGCCGGCUCAUUUUACUUCGCCAUCACUGUGAUCACCACCAUAGGAUACGGCCAUGCAGCCCCGAGCACAAACGGAGGGAAGGUGUUCUGCAUGCUUUACGCCCUCCUGGGCAUCCCUCUCACCUUGGUCAUGUUCCAGAGCGUGGGUGAGCGUAUCAACACCUUCGUCAGGUACCUGCUCCACCGCCUAAAGAAGUGCCUCGGCAUGAGGCGCACUGAGGUCUCCAUGGUCAACAUGGUGAUCAUCGGCUUCAUAUCCUGCAUGAGCACGCUGUGUGUGGGGGCAGUGGCCUUCUCAUACUUUGAGGGAUGGAGCUUCUUUCACGCUUACUACUACUGCUUCAUCACGCUCACCACCAUCGGUUUCGGGGACUAUGUAGCGCUGCAGAGUAAGCAAGCUCUGCAGACCAAGCCGGAGUACGUGGCCUUCAGCUUCAUCUACAUCCUGACGGGCCUGGCUGUGAUCGGAGCCUUCCUCAACUUAGCAGUGCUGCGGUUCAUGACCAUGAACGCCGAGGACGAGAAGAGGGAUGCCGAGCAGAGGGCUCUCCUCGCCCACAACGGUCAGGCGGGCGGACACAUCCACUGUUCUGCAGACCAGGCCUCCUCCUCCUCCACGCCAUCUGGCUGCGGCGGAGGAAAUGCUGUUGGAGGUAGUGGUGGAGGGGCGGCAAGUCGGAGUCUACGUAAUGUUUAUGCUGAAGUGCUCCACUUUCAGUCUAUGUGCUCCUGCCUUUGGUACAAGAGUAGAGAGAAGCUGCAAUACUCCAUACCCAUGAUCAUCCCACGUGACCUCUCCAGCUCAGACACCUACAUGGAGCAGGGAGAGGCUUUUUCCAAUCCCCUGCACUCUAACGGCUGCGUGUGCAGCCUGCAACACAACUCGGGCAUCAGCUCGGUUUCCACUGGUCUACACAGCAUCAACAACUACAGAAGACUCAAUAAACGUAGAAGCUCCAUCUAA